AUGGCUCCAACCAGGUCCAAGGGUGAAAAAAGAGGGCAAUUGUGGACUGAAGGAUGCUUGAAAGCAGCAAUGAAUGCUGUUCAAAGAGGCCAAUUGUCUCAGCGUGCUGCAGCUUCCAGGCAUAAUAUUCCGCGAAGAACAUUGAGGGAUCAUUUAAAAACGGGCACAGUUGUUAAGCGUUUGGGAAGAAAACCAAUUUUUACAGAACACCAAGAAAAUGACCUCGUAGAACGAAUAAAAAGAUUCGCUAAAAUUGGUGCACCCCUCACGCCAAAAUUCAUAAGGAAACAAGUCUACAUGUUUUGUGAAACAUACAAAAUAAAAAAUAAUUUUAAUAAUUCCAAAAGAAUUGCUGGUACUGAUUGGUUGAGAUACUUUUUAAAGCGGAAUCUCUCAAUUAGCAAACGAAAGCCGCAAAUAAUGAAUCCAGCUCGUGCACAAAAAUUGAACAAACCAAUUGUUCAGCAACAUUUUCAGAGUGUGCAAAAAUUGUACAAUGAGAUGGAUAUUCUACAACAUCCAGAAAAAUUGUACAAUAUGGAUGAAAAAGGAUGCCGGAUAACUGUACACAAGCAGAACACAGUUCUAGCAGAGAAAGGAAGCAAAAGAGUUCAUCUCAUUGCCCCUGAACACGCGGAAAAUGUUACGAUAGCAAUGUGCGUGAAUGCCAUUAGUACUGCGAUACCACCUAUGAUCCUAUUUAAAGGAAAAAGACAGAGGCCUGAUCUAUGUGAAAACUUACCAGUAGGGACGUUAGUCAGGAUGGCACCGAAAGGCAGUAUGACUGCUGAUUUGUUUCUGGAGUUCAUUAAGCACCUAGCGAAAUACAAGGUUGCUGGAAAAUGCUUACUUAUAUUUGAUGGUUAA